AUGAGUAUGCAUAUUAAUGUUGCAUUAUUAGUGAAAGAGUUAAAACAGCAAAUCGUAAAUAACACAGUUCGAUGGUACUUCUGGGUGCUGAAGUUCCUGUUCUGCUUUAUAAUUCCAACAGUAAUUCCUGUGUAUUGUUGGGGAGAAGAAUGGUACUUUUCGUUUUGUGUUCAGUGCCUGAUCAGAUAUGCCUGCAGCCUGAAUUUCACUUGGUCUGUCAACAGUUUUGCACAUUUGUAUGGACAUAGACCAUAUGACAAUCGAAUUAAUCCAGUGGAGAACAAACUUGUGUCCUUCUUCGCCAUGGGCGAAGGUUGGCACAAUUAUCACCACGUUUUCCCUUGGGAUUACAAGGCUGCUGAAAUGCCCUACACCAUCAACAUCACCACUGUCUGGUUAGAUGUCUUUGCCAAACUUGGUUGGGCCUACGACAUGAAACAACCCUCUAAAGAAUUGGUAAAAAAUGUUGCCAUCAAACAUGGGGAUGGUUCACAUUCGACUUGGGGACAUAAAGAAGUUCCUCCACCUCAGGAACAAAAAAUAAGGGAGCUGGUGGACGAUGAUAGGCAGCAUUAGGUAUAAAUUAGGAUAGAAAUAUAGUUAUUGAUAUUUACUUAUUUAGGGAUUUUAGGCGAGUGUCCAUUACGCAAUAAAUCUAGGAAA